AUGAAUUUCUGGGAGACUGUGCUUUGUGCUUUCUUAGCAUGCCUCUUGGUAACCAUUGUUGGCGGACUCUAUACAGUAGGAGCAUUUCGCAAGAGAAAACCGAAGGAACCCCCCUUGGACAAAGGCUUCCUUCCAUGGCUCGGACAUGGGCGAAGUUUCAUGAGGAGCCCUGAAGAGUUUUUGGAAAGGAUGCGGAAGAAACAUGGGGAUAUUUUCACCGUGUUGCUCGGAGGCAGUUACAUGCAUUUCGUGAUGGACCCUCAUUCUUACAGAAACAUGGUAAAGGAGUCAAAAGACAAACUGGAUUUUUAUAAAUUUGGAUCAAUUAUAGUUUUUAAUACAUUUGAUUUCUGCACAUCUGAAUCUCAGCACAAGAUUGUCCAAACAGUUAGCAAGAAGAAUCUCAAAGGUCAGAGUCUAACUCUCCUGAACCAGGCGAUGAUGGAGAAUUUAAGGGCCGUGAUGCUUCACAGCCAGGAUUCAGGCGAGGGGAAAAGAUGUUGGCAGCAGGAUGGAGUCCUCCACUUUAGCUACAAAACCGUCUUCCAGGCUUCUUUUCUGACAUUGUUUGGAACUGAGCCAGAUGAAGAUGUAGAAAGCAAAGAAAAUGGUAAGGAUAAUAAAGUAGCACAGUGUGGAGAGUUGUUUGAAUAUUUCCAGAAAUUUGACCAUUUCUUUCCCCAAAUGGCCUUCAACAUGCUGAAUCCUCUGGGCAAGAAGGAGACACGGAGAUUGAAGGAUUAUUUUUGGGACAUUCUGUCAGUAGAAAAGAUAUACCAGAAGGAAAACAUUAGCAGUUGGGUAGCUGAGCAAGAUCAGCAGAUGGCUGAGACUGGGAUGAGUGAAAAGAUGCGGACCAAAUUCCUGCUGCUGCUUCUCUGGACAUCUCAAGCUAAUACUGGUCCAGCUACUUUCUGGAUUCUUGUGCACCUCCUGAAAUAUCCAGAAGCAAUGAAGGCAGUGAGGGAAGAGGUGGACAGAGUAUUAAGAGAGACGGAUCAGGAACUGAAACCAGGCAGCCCCUUCUUCAACAUGUCCUUGGAUACCAUAAAGACUCCUCUUCUGGACAGUGCAAUAGAGGAAACUCUACGCCUGAAAGCGAGUCCUUUUCUGUUCAGAAGUAUAGUACAGGAUGCAGAUCUUAAGAUGGCUGACGGGAGAGAAUAUAUUUUCCGGAAAGGAGACAAUCUUCUUCUUUCCCCCUUCAUUGCACUGCAAAUGGAUCCAGAAAUUCAUCCCGACCCCCAGACAUUCAAAUAUGACAGGUUCGUGAACCCAGAUGGUACAAAAAAAGAAUUCUUUAAGAAUGGGAAAAAGCUGAAGUGUUACAGUAUGCCUUUUGGUGGCGGUGCCACAAUGUGCCCUGGGCGGUUCUUUGCAAUUAGCGAAAUGAAGAUGUUUGUCAUCUUGACGCUCACCUACUUUGACAUGGAACUGAUUAAUGCAGAAGAAGAAAUACCGCCAAUAGAUGGAUCACGCUAUGGGUUUGGAACGGCACAUCCUUCUUAUGAUAUUCAGUUUAGGUAUCGAUUGCGUUUUUAA